AAUAUUUGAGUUGCAGAAUGGCAUCGCCAACCAGAGAGGAUCAAGGCACACCAAGUACUGUAAAAGAAGUAACACUUUCAGUUGAUGGAGAAGCAUUUCUUAAGAAAAAUGAAAAACAAUCUACCCCAGAAGGAAUUUCUCGAGCAGCUAUAUCACUGAAAGCCAUAUGUACAUUAAUGUUCUGUAUAGUUCUUCUCGGGUGUUUUGUUUGGACAAAACUAUCUUUUCUCGCGUUAGCAGAGGCAAUGCAUGACGACUUAGAUAUGAGGCCGGAGACAAGAUGUAGAAUGUUUGUAAUGCUUCAGAUCAUGAUUCUAUUUCCCAAUGUGUUUAAUUUAUUUCGUGGACUAUGGAAAGGAUAUUUUCGGAAGGAUGUAACCUCACCAGAUAGGAGACAAGUUUUCAUGGCUGUACUCAUUAGUUUUUUAGAAGCUACUGGAAUCUGUUUGUUCACUUUCAAUAUCCCUGGCCGAAGCAAAACACAUCAUGUGAUAUUAUUAAUCAGUUGUGUGUUUGUCAUUCCACUUGUGGUUUGGACCGUAAAAUCCUUGCGUGGCCAUAAUAAAGCAGGAUGUGACUCAGGCAAUAAUCAAGCAACAUCUGAGUCUGGCAAUAACGAACCACGACGAGAUUCAGGCAAAAAUAAAACAACAGCUGAGUCAGGCAAUAACGAGCCACGACGAGAUUCAGGCAAUAAUCAAGCAACAUCUGAGUCAGGCAAUAACGAACCACGACGAGAUUCAGGCAAUAAUCAAACAACAUCUGAGUUAGGCAAUGACGAACCACGACGAGAUUCAGACAAUAAUCAAACAACAUCUGAUUCAGGCAAUAAUCAAGCAAGACGUUCGUCAAAAUGUCGUGUCAUAACAGCGUUAGUUUUAGAGAUUAUUGCUCUUGGUAUCACAGCUUAUUGGUUACGCGAGGCGCAUAUUCAGGAAUUAUUGAUGGCGCCGAUAGGAAUCCUCUUCUUAUCCGUGUCCUGGACGUCAGAUAUACAAAGUUUUCUGGUAACAAAGAAAGACAGAAACAGUGCCAGAAAAAGGCCACCAACAUGGAAGCUAGUUGCAAUAAUGGCCAUAUUCAAACUUCUUUUAACAUUUGGAAUAUCUUAUAUGAUAUUUGCAAUCAAGGCUCUAUCCCCAUUUCCUACAGUUGCGAACAUGACACAAACAGUGGCUUGGAGCAGUUAUACUAGUGGAUGGGAUUGGACGGAAUGGCAAGCGGCAUCGGACCAAGAGAUUUCUUAUUUUAUAUCACAUAUCGUGUGUGGUGUCACAGGAUACAUGAUCGCUACUACUGCGAGUAAAGCCAGUAUGCAGAAACCUGUUCUUAUACCUGCGUUGAUAUUUUGUUCUCCGAUAUCAAUUAUUCUCUUAGUCUUUCCAGGACUAUGCGACUGGAUACUUAUACGUAGUAAAGAUGCGACGGUUAUAAAUGACUGUAUUAUUGGGAGAAACAACGAUGUCUUAGAUAUUUCUUUUGUGAUUCUGGCUGUGGCACUUUUUCUCCUUGCUGUGACCUUUUCUCCGGUAUGGGUGUUAUGGAAAACUAGGUAUCUCAUUAACCUAAGGGAAGACCAGUUAUUCUGGAUACCAUCUUACAACUCAAUAUUCCUUGAUCAAUGGAUAAUGCUUAAUAGAAAAAAUGAACAAGAUGCCAACCAUAUGGAUCCGAAGGAAAUGUCGAAAAGAACAUGGAUAUAUAUUUGCACAACAAUGUUUAGAGAGACUGAAGGUGAAAUGAAGCAGUAUCUGGAGUCAAUAAGAAAUGUUCAAAAAGCCCAAAGUAAAACCGGGAGGAAUGUUGAAGCUCAUAUAUUCUUUGAUGAUGCUUUUGAAGAAGGGAGUUUAAAUAAAUCUGCUAGAAAUCUAAUUGGGUUGGUAAAGUCAACACUGAAUUUAAAGGAGAAAUCCCAAAGUAGUGAUACACGAAGUACUACGCAGACAGAACCAAAUACACAGGCACCGGUGAACCAAUCCCAAAGUGCUGAUAAGCAGACAGAACCUAAUUUAAAGGAUCCGGAUAAAAUAUAUGAGACACCGUACGGGCAAUGUCAUAAAUGGACGAUGAAAUCUGUAACUGGAGACACAAAGGAAAACGAGAUGCCUUUCAACAUUCACUUUAAGGACAAAAAUAAGGUUAAAUCAAAGAAACGAUGGAGUCAAAUCAUGUAUAUGUCAUAUGUAUUAGAUUUUCUAAGUCAGCGGAACUGUUUGUCAAAAGGAUAUAAAGCGGCGGAAUGUAAGGAGCAUUCGUAUUUUCUGGUGACAGAUGCUGACGUUAAAUUCACCCACGAAUCUGUAGAAUUUUUAAUAGACCUCAUGUUACGUGAUCCUUCUGUCGGGGCGGCAUGUGCUCGAACAUAUCCUCUUGGUAGUGGUCCAUUGGUAUGGUAUCAGGAAUUCGAAUAUGCCAUUGGUCACUGGUUUCAAAAGGCUGCUGAAAAUGUUCUUGGAACUGUUCUAUGCUCACCGGGCUGUUUCAGUAUAUAUCGACGCAAAGCAGUUCAAGACGUUUUACCAUCAUAUGCUGAAAAGGUAGAAAGCGCGGCUGACGUGUUAACAAAAGAUAUGGGAGAAGACAGAUGGUUUUGCACGUUACUGGUUCAAAGCGGCUGGUUCAUAGAAUACUGUGCUGUUGCGAGCAAUAAAACACAUUGCCCUGAAAACUUCGAAGAAUUUUUCAAGCAAAGAAGACGGUGGAUAGGUUCAACUUUAGCAAAUCUGUUACUGCUGCUAAAGAAAUGGGACUACAUUAAAAGACACAAUGAUCGAGUUUCCUCUUUGUUCCGGGUGUACCAAGCCGCAUUACUAUUUGCAUCAUUAGUUGGACCAAGUACAAUCAUACUAAUUGUUUCAGGUGGACUUAAAUAUGGAUGGGAUUUAAACAUAAUCCCAACACUUUUAAUACAACUUGUGUUGUGUUUUACUUUCGGAACGAUAUGUAUAUUGAAUUCCAUAUCUUCCCCCAUGAAGAUCAGCGCAGCGAAGUUCUUCACUAUAUUCUAUGCGAUUGUAAUGAUUCCUGUACUUGUGGGUAUGGCGGUUCAAAUAACGACAGACUUCAUUCACACACCAAAUGCAGAACCAAACUAUAUCGAUGCGAGCAUAAAAGUAUCGACGUCAACUGUUUACCUGGUUGCAAUGACGGGCAUAUUUGUAAUAACUGGAAUACUUCACACUAUGGAAAUGUUUUACCUAUUUCAUGGAAUUUGGUAUCUUCUAUGUCUACCCGGUGGCUACUUGAUAUUGAUGAUCUACAGCAUCUGUAACAUCACAGACAGCAGCUGGGGUACCAGAGAAAUGGGUAAUAAAAAGGCGAAAAAGAAGAAACCUUCACGACAGUACGAGUUGUGGUCGGACCUGUUUUCUGAAAUUUACAGAUUCUGCUCCUGCUGUGCCAGAAAAGUGAAUGAAGUGGAUGAAGAAAAUGGACCUGACAGGGACAGACAGACCACUGUUGAUAAUGAAGGAGACAGUUCAGAAGAAGAUACCGGAAUGCGUAGCACAACGGAUCCGGAGCCAACUACUCUAGAAGGCGAAGAGGCGGAUUUCUGGACCGCGCUCAUAGAGAAGCACCUAAAACCUAAAACAUCUUGAGAAAAGAAAUAUGAUGAAGGUCUUAAAGAAUUACGAAAUGAAUGGCUGAUGGUUCUUACUAUUUCGAACAUGUUAUGGUUGAUUCUCAUCACAACGUUGUCAUAUAAAGGCGAUAUCCUGAACGUGUUUGGGACCAGCAUAGUAGGUCUGGCAGUCCUCGUCAUGUUAGGGAUUCUUUCGUUGGUUCAGUUUUUAGCAAUGUUAGCCCACCGCCUGUCAACUUUCGUCCAUUACCUUGGAAGAGUACCUUUAUUUAUGUUCGACGAGACACA